AGGGCCCAAAGUGGCAAGUCGCCAGUAGACAUGUCACAGAAGUAAUGUACUGUAAUGCUAACUUCAGUGCAGCUCGGCGGUGAGUGGUCAAAAAAGUGUCUGAAAAUCGGAAAGGGACAUUUUCACAACUGAAACCACGCAUAAGUAGCUUCUGUCACGAGUUGGACGAAUCGGUUUGACGUUCCAGAUUUUUUUUCUUUUCGAAAACAAGUGCUUAGCUCGCUUUAGCUGGCUAGCUGGGAAGCUCCAGAGAAGUCACGUCAGAGCUUGUUUCACAGCCAUGUCCACGGCCGGAGACUUUGGGAACCCACUAAGGAAAUUCAAAUUAGUCUUCCUUGGGGAACAGAGUGUGGGGAAGACCUCGCUGAUCACCAGGUUCAUGUAUGACAGCUUCGACAACACAUACCAAGCCACAAUAGGAAUCGACUUCCUGUCGAAAACCAUGUACCUCGAGGACAGAACAAUCAGAUUGCAGUUGUGGGACACAGCAGGCCAGGAGCGAUUUCGUAGCCUCAUCCCAAGUUACAUCAGAGACUCUGCCGCCGCUGUCGUAGUGUACGACAUCACAAACGUGAACUCCUUCCAGCAAACCACAAAAUGGAUUGAUGACGUUAGAACGGAGCGAGGAAGUGAUGUCAUCAUCAUGUUGGUGGGCAACAAGACUGAUCUUGCAGACAAAAGACAGAUUACCACAGAGGAGGGAGAGCAAAGAGCAAAAGAGAUGAAUGUUCUGUUUAUUGAAACCAGUGCAAAGACAGGCUACAAUGUCAAACAGCUCUUCCGUCGCGUGGCAGCCGCCCUCCCUGGAAUGGACACCACACAGGACAAAAAUAGAGAGGACAUGAUCGACAUCAAGCUGGAGAAGCCGGCAGAGCCGCCUGCCAGCGAAGGCGGUUGUGCCUGCUAGUUUCCCCACGUCACUGGGAAAACGGUUCUCUGACUGGGCUUGUUUGUCUCUAUCUGUACUCUUCACUACAUCGGCCUCUUCCCCAACCCCAAGGAAAAGGGAGACCUUCGCUCUCGUCCGGCAGCCAUUAAAGUCUUGGAUCGAUAUUUGCACUGCUCCACACAAACAUGGAAACAGUAUUGGCAGCUUGAGCUUGAAUGGCUUCACCGAGCUCCGGUCAUGUUCGGAUGCAAAUGGUGGCAGAAGCGGAAUGGGACUUGGUGGCAGUCGUUUGUGUAAACGUUACUUUUGGAACCAAACAGCAAACGUGUAUAAAGGCACCAAAUGGACUUAGCAUGUUAUAUCUCAACUCAACUCAACUCAAAUGUAUUUAUAGAGCACUGUACAAGUGCUGUACAUGGAGCAACUAACAUACAACAGUAAAGCAAAACAACAAAUCUAUAUAUAUAAAUAAAAAGCAUUGCAUUAACGGCGUCAAGUGCAAUGUGGAUCUGUUAACCUCACCUUGCACGGAUUCGUACAUCAUUUUGUGUUAUCCGCAAACCACCCUUGUGUAACGUGGAAAUGGUUGCACUAAAAGCAAACAGGCAUUAUCAUGGCGAGAGCUCUGUGUCGACACAGACUGAAACUCACAAACAGGCGCGACAUGUCAGAACGACCUUUACCAGCAAGGUCACCCAUCUCCCAGCAUGUCGUGAAAAAGCAUGACGCCCGCAGGGGCCGACACCACACCUUCCCUUUGACCGUCCACAUGCAUACUCCUGUUGUUUUCUUGCCUUCCGUUUUCUACCCUCUUUAUUUGGAUUUUUUUUUCAAUUGUAAGAGUAUCAUUUAGCAAUUUGUUUGAUGAUAGUGUGUGAUGAAGAUUUCUCAUAUAUACAGUCGUUUUAAAGAAAACACUAAAAAUUACGAAUGGAGAUCCAGCGUGCAUUUUAAUGUAGAACGAGGGCCUCCUUUCUAGUUUGGUUGAUUAAGAAGUUUUUUUUUUCCUUUGUUUUGGUUGGGUGUUGAUAUUUCCAUUAGUGAUUUAUCUGAAUGGAUGGACUUGUAUUUAUUUCUACUGGAUUCAUUGUUCUUUUUUAUGUUUCUUCAUUUCUUCAGUCUUGAUAUGAGUCCUCAAUUGCUAAUAAAAUAUCCAUAUAUCUUGAGCACUGUUCGCAGAUGAACACGUGCCUGUCAAGGGCGACCCGUCUACCACUGCUAAAUCGUUAGUAAAUCAUGCAAUUUUCAUUGUGCAAUUUUAGCUUGUGUCAACAUCUACAGGAAGUUACAUCCAGUAAUUUGUCUGAAAUUGAUUUAAAAGGAACAAAAAUAAAAUGAACUUGUUACUGCU